AUGUCAGGAAAAUUAGACCAGAGCCUUGAUGAGAUCCUCAGCACCCGUCGCAAGACCGCAGGCCGUCGUGGACGCGGAGGUCGUCGCGCAGGAAAUGGAACGACGAAAGCAGCCACAGCGGCUCCCGUAGGAGGCAUCCAGAAGAACACAAGAGGUGCUAAGACGGCACCUGCAAAGGGCGCAGUUCCAAAUGGUCCAGCUUCAGGGAGUGGAGAGUCGAAGAUCAUCGUGAGCAACUUGCCCUCCGAUGUGAAUGAGUUCCAGAUCAAGGAGUAUUUCAGCAAGUCCGUUGGCCAUGUCAAGAAAGCCAUGCUCACCUAUGGACCUAACGGUGUGAGCCGCGGCAUUGCAACUAUCGUCUUCAGCAAAUCAGCCAGCGCCAACGACGCUCUCAUUCAACUCAACGGAAUGUUGGUCGACAAGCGUCCCAUGAAGAUUGAGGUCGUCCUCAAUGCAUCCAUAGCCGCAGCAGUUCCUGUCAAAGGAUUGGGCGAUCGCGUAACACAAGGCAAGAGCCAGCCAAAGUCCGCUGCCCCAAAGCCUGCGACCAAUGGAACAGCUACUCGUGGAGGACGAGUUGGAGGACGUGGCGCACGUCGUGGCCGCAAUGCCGGACGUCCCAAAGCGAAGACUGCAGAUGAGCUUGACGCAGAAAUGGUUGACUACUUCGACGCCAAUGCUGCAAAUGGUACAGCGGCCACUACAGAUGCCGCCGCUACUAUGAACGGCGCUGCUGCACCAGCUACGAAUGGAGAGGAGAUUGGCAUGGACGAGAUUUCCGCGAUUCAAGCGCCCGGUCACUACACCCAGCAUCAGCAGAGCCUUGUCAUCGCAAUAUCACAAGACUUCAUCAUGAAAACCCAGUCCAGCUCCGUCGACAUUGGAAAAGCCCGGUUACGGUCCUACAAAGCCUGCUGCGGUGUACUCGAUUGGAUUCCAUACAGCCAUGCUGCUCCUCAUCUAUAUGACCUGUCCGUCGGCGCUACGUACAUCAUUCACUGGGUCCAAGUGUCUCCCACUCAUCCCAGCUAUUCCUGA